AUGGUUCAAAGUGUGAAUAUUCUCUUCCAUGUGAAUCGCAAUGUAGUUUGUGAAAAUGGGGGAAAUUGUACCUUUAGUAAGGGUGUUGAGGUUUGUUCUUGUCCUCCAGGAUUUGCUGGUAAAACAUGUGAUCCAGCAUGUUCAUCAAAUAAGAAUUGUACAGACCAAUAUUUCCCUAUUUGUGACGUUUCAGGUGUUUGUACAUAUGAAUGUUUAUCAGAUGGUGAUUGUGCUACAGUUGUUGGCAGACCAAUGUGCGAAACUGGAAGAAACGAAUUCGACAUUGGUGGUAAAUGUAUUGCAGGAUGUAUAAAUGAUACAUCAUGCAUUGCAAAGGGAAUGCAAUAUUGUAAUGAUGGUGUCUGUAGUAAUUAUGCUUGUGCAGCAGAUGCUGAUUGUGUUUCUCGUGGCUAUUCCCAAUGUGCUGAUUUUGAAUGCAGAGAUGAAUGUCAUGUCAAUAGUGAUUGUUCCGACUUUGGUAAAUACUCCAUCUGUGGAGCUGAUCCAUCCAAUAAUUCUACCUAUCACAGAUGCAUUCCAAGAUCAUGUUUCAAUAACAGUGAUUGUGCAGAUCCAAUGACUGGAACUCCAAGAUGUGAUUUGAGUACUUAUUUAUGUGCAAAGGCAGAUUGUUCAAUCGAUUCUGAUUGUUACUCUUAUGGUUAUUCACUUUGUUCCAAUAGUUUUUGUAAAAUUGAAUGUCUUUCUCAUACUGAUUGCAACAAACCUGGUUUGCAAAGAUGUGGUUUGAACAAUACUGUACCUACGGAAUAUCGUAGAUGUUUGGAAUCUUGUGAUUCUACUUGUGAAAAAUGUUCAGAAAACAGAAUCACAUGUUUGCAAUGCUCAACUGGAUUUGUUGUAGACAAUCUUGGUAAAUGUGUUAUUGAUUCCACCAAUCCUGUUAACAACUCUACUAAUCCUCAAAACAAUACCAAUCCAGUCGAUCCAGUCAACCCAACUAACGAUACUAACCCAAUUAAAAUACUACUACCCCAAGUAGUAAUAAUACCACUCCAAGUAAUAAUACCAUAA